AUGAGAUAUCUCUGGAAUCUACAUAGUAGAGGUCGGUGGUUUCGUUGCUAUGAAGCGUACGGUCCUGUUCUUGAAUUAGUUUCCGAUCGCCCCGAGGCGCUGAAAAAGAUUAAGCAGCUGUGUGAGGAGCCGGACAAGCUAGAUGAAUGGGAGGAAGCUCAAUUUCCUGCUCCGGUAGGUGCGCUGGCCAGCAUAGUCUACACCGUGAAUUUGGACGCUGGCACACUGGUAGUGUCCUACAUCGAUGUCCCAGAGUAUGAACCCCAGAUAGUGACUGACUGGUAUGAUCUGCACACGGUACGUGAGGCCUCUAGCUUGUCUGCAGCGGGACUCCGUGAGGAUCUGAAGGAACUACCUACGCAUGCCCCUGAGGAAAUUAUGAAUAAUGGAUUGGCGCAGCCGCCGCUGGAACCACUGCAUCUCCACUUGGAUAUCCCGACUUUCCUGAACGAACUGCAAGCCCGAUUGUUCAUCGACCUUAUGUGGGCCUGGCGCUGGCACGUUUGCGAUCCAAUAACUAUGCGUUAUGAUUCACCGGCGUUGAAUUACUUUUGUAUCACUAUCUUACGUCUUGCAGCUUGGGAUUUCGAGGUUUCAUUUGACACCGACGUUGACCUCCCAGUGACAGAUUAUCCUGAUGUACCCUGGAGCUGUCCCAAAGGUGACAUCUACUGGUUCCAUGGAUUCCUUGUUGUUCUACACAACAACCUGGAGGAUCAAUCCAUGGUCCGCUCAGCCGUUCAAAAGGCUGAGCAGUACCUUAAGAAAACCGCAUCCCAGAAUCAUCACACCCGCUUGAUAAUCAUUUCGACAUGCCAAGUUGUCUUUGCUGAGAUUUCAGACGACACUGUCCGUGCAAGCAGCCCCAGUAUGCUGAUUUCGGAUAUGUCCAGCGGCCGGUGGCCUGCGGGUUUCCGUGCUCUCUGCCAGAUCCUCACAACAAACUGCUGGCGAGAAAGCAAGACACACCGGGAGACAUGGAAGCCUCGCCUGCCUGCGGAAAUUAUUCAGCUCAUCCUGCAGCAUCUGGAACCACGCGAUACGGUAGCAUUUACAAAAGCAUCUUUCAUUACCGAAAGAAAGUAUUACGCAAGUAUACACCAAUUCAAAGACCUUGUCAUACAGAGCUUCCGGUUGCUAAUACCAUGUUGUGGCAAGCGCAGCGGACUCGAAGAGUCCGGGGUGAUGUGCUCAGUUUGCUACUCCUGGCAACACAGUGACUGCCUUGACCAAGCUAAUCUUCCGAGUGAUAGUUGUCCCCACUACAUUUGCUCGCGCUGUCGAAGUGGUGAGCCAGAAUUUCUCAUGGGCCGGGAAGCCAUGUACAAGUUUCGGCGUAAAGGAGCAUGCAAGGUUCGACACGAAGUUACCCUCAAGAGGUUUUGGCUACAGCAGAACCAACACGUUUCUAGUAAAAUGCAUGAGUCCAAACACUGUCUUGCGGACAUCGACUAUACAGUCCGUUUUAACGGUGCUUUUUCAGGUUUAGCUUAUGGUUUUGACGAUCGUGACUUGGACGAUGAUGGCACUGAUGCUGAUGGCUAUAAUGCUGAUGGCUACGAUAAUUAUAGCUACGACGAUAGUGGUUAUGAGUAUGAUGACCAUGACGAAGAUGACAUUGGAAACCAUGACACUGACCAUAAUGAAUUUGACGAUGAACCCUGA